AUGGAAAAGUCUAUAAACAAAAAUUUAAAUGGUGCACCACAACCAAAAGUCGUAUGGACCCAGGCUGACCUGUCAGAUUCUAACACAGCGUCUAGCCAGAAAACCACGAUGACAAUGGAUAGUGCUAUAUUACGCGGUAAGCUUAUGCGUAAGCGCACCCGCCCUGACUCGCCCAGGGGUGAGGACCUGGGAUCGAGUUCGGUCUUGGGUGAUGAAGUGGUACUGGUAGCAAAAGUUACCACUGCUCGACGAGGUAGGUGCUGCCCACAAACCUCAGGUCGAUAUGUACGAUUGUUAGCAGCGAGACGAGAACUGGGUGCAGCACAAAAAACUGCGGAACUUACAGAGAAAGAGACACAGGAGGGAGCAGAUUUGCGGAUCUGGCCGAAAAGGAAAAUUCUGGAAGGCUCGGUUAAACCUUUUCCAAUGCCGUGGAUUUAG